UGCACAGGCGCAGAGCGCAGCUCGGUGCUGGAGAGGCUGAAAGGCACUAAGGCAGCGUCUCACCGCCCGACGCAGAGACACUUCCAGCGGACAGCCGCGGCCGCAGCCUGCGGAGCCUCCGAGGACAGACGCCCCGAGAGGAGCACGUGCAGGCGCCGUAGGGAGCGAAGCGUCCCGCUGCUGAGCCGCUGCUGAGCCGCUGAACACUGAGCCGCUGUGCGGGGGAUGGAUUUAAGCAGAUGACUGAGUGCGGGAGAGAUGCUGCAGGAGAAGGCUUCAGCUGUGACGGAUGAAUGUAUGAGCCGAGUCCAGACCGGUGUGGAGACAGAUCUCCUCCCACACCAGCCACGACUGGGCCUGUCCACAGCUUCCGCCAUUCCCAGCUCCAAUGAGCCUGACCAGAACAUUGAGAACAUUAAGGUCAUCCUUCAUGAGCGGGAGCUGUGGAAGAAGUUCCACGAGGCCGGCACAGAGAUGAUCAUUACUAAAGCAGGCAGGAGGAUGUUUCCAAGCUACAAGGUCAAAGUGGCUGGGAUGAACCCCAAAACCAAGUACAUCCUACUCACUGACAUUGUCCCAGCUGAUGAUCAUCGCUACAAGUUCUGUGAUAACAAGUGGAUGGUGGCUGGAAAGGCAGAGCCAGCAAUGCCGGGGAGACUCUAUGUGCACCCAGACUCUCCGGCCACAGGAGCUCACUGGAUGAGGCAGCUGGUCUCAUUUCAGAAACUCAAACUAACAAACAAUCACCUGGACCCUUUCGGGCAUAUCAUCCUGAACUCUAUGCACAAGUACCAGCCCAGGCUACACAUAGUCAAAGCUGAUGAGAACAAUGCCUUUGGAUCCAAGAACACUGCGUAUUGUACUCAUGUCUUUCACGAGACAGCCUUCAUCUCUGUGACCUCGUAUCAAAACCACAAGAUCACACAGCUGAAAAUAGAGAACAACCCAUUUGCCAAGGGAUUCCGAGGCAGUGAAGAAGGGGAUCUGCGUGUUUCAAGACUACAGGGGAAAGAGUAUCCAGUGAUUUCAAAGAACAUGGUUCGUCAGAGGCUCAUCUCGUCACACAGUCACCUUGCAGGGAAGCUCGGCGCAGGAGCUCUAACGGGGCACCCUCAGGUCCUGUCCUCUUUUCAGUACGAGGCUGGGGUUCCUUUGUCUAACUCCGACCCCCAGGAUCCCAUCACAAACCAUUUCUCUCAGAGCCGAGAUCCCAGCCUUCUGUACCACUGCUUCAAACACAGAGAUAAUGCCCGGCACCUGGAGCUUGGCUGUAAGCGGCCGUACCUGGAGACCUCGUCCGUGGGCUCAGAGGAGCACUACUUCCGUUCAGCUCCCUCUUAUGAAUCGUCCCUACUGUCUCAUCCAUACUGCACUGAGGCCAUCACCUCUAGAGAAGCUUGUAUGUAUGGCAGUAUGGACGCAGAGUCUGGAUCCGGGGCGGCGGACACAGAUGACCUGGCCAACUCCCCUUCCAUAAAUUGCAACAUGUGGGCUACCAUGCAGCCUUACCCUCGCUAUAGCGUGGAGGGUGUUCCGUACCAGCCCUUCACGGCCCACUUCACCAACGCUGCCGCGGUCACGCCUGUGGUACCCCAUCCCACAUCGUCCAUGGUGUCGAGGUCGCAGGCGGACCUGGGUGUCUACAACUCCACUUCGGUCCAGCGAGGUCUGCCCAUCAUACCUUCAUCCUCCUCCUCUUCAUCGUGCUCUCCAGCGGUUCCAGGAUCCAGAGAGAGGUCAGGCCAUCCCUCUCUGUACCACAAAAAGCCAGGGUCACCUCUCCGGCCUCACAGAGAUUUCCCAGCUUACCCAACACAAGGCACUCUAUCCAUCCGGGAUGCGUCCUACCAGUACCAAGUGGGGCUGAGCAGCGCAGGGACUCACUGGACUGACAGCUAAUGUGGACCACUAGAGAAACCUGUUUUGUCCAAAGGUCUCCACUACAGGCUGCUGAUGCCUUGCAAUGGUAACAAAAGCCAUUUAGGUCCAUGAAUUCCCCACUAAAGCAACUGCAGUAUGAUACACAACACCGUAUUUGACGAGCAGUGGCUGACCUCAUCUUGUUGAUUUGUAGAAUCUGUACUAUAAGCGUUUCAUCAGACACAGUGAGGUGGUUCUUCCAUUCUCAAAUGCAAAGCAUAGGUUUGAUCAGCGUUUAAAGUUUGUCACUACAACUUACUACCCCAAGAGUCUUAGCGAGCUAACCUGAAGCAAUAAUGAGACUACUUCUUUAGACAAAAAGAAGUAGAUAAGGGCAAAUUAGCAGAUGUUAUUCUUCCUCUAGAAGGCCAUACUAUAUGUUUUAGAUACAAGUUCAGAGGAUGAGGCUGACGUGAUUCUUUUUUUUCUUGUUGUCAACAAAUCCUAUAAAAAAGGCCAAGUAUCUCUCAACUCUUUCUGACUUUCCUACCCGCUCUCACUGCCAAGCCCAUUGGUCCCUAAUGUAGAUGUAUAUUUUUAAGAAUACUAUAUAUAGUUCCAUUAAAAAAUGGUUCACCCUUUUCCUCAAAGAGAUUAACAGUGUAGCUUGUAUGAAGUCGUACUCUAAAACAUGGGUGAAUAGUGUAUUAUAUCAAGCGCACAGUUUUGAUUAUGGCAGCCAAUCGUAAUUUUCAGAGCACUGCCCACUCUUCUGCUGCCUGCUGCAUCACCACUUUCUGCUACUGCUGCUGCUCAUAUGUCAUUUUAAAAGCCCUUCAACCUCCAACAGACUCUGAGUCUCUAUUUCCCUUAGAGGUAAAUCAUCACUGUUUCUUGCUGCUCCCCGAUAUGCAGAGCUUUGUGCUUCAUUGUGGAUGUCAAUACUGUAUUUAUUCUACAGUUGACCACACGGUAUUUGGUGAGUUGCAGCAUGAUGGUGCAUAUUAGACUGAUUAUUUAAAAAAUUACAGUGGCUCUAUGUUCAUGAUAAGGAGGCAACAGUUAAGCUCAUUGAUAUGAAAGAUCAUUUCAUUGUUUGUCUUUUUAUUGGAUUAUUUGACAAUAAGUAAAAUUCAGAUCAGGGUCAGCCCUUGAGACAUGUUCAUCUGGGAGGGGGUUUCUAAUAGUUAAGACAGUUAUGGUCCUUUGAAUCCUAAUUAUUCACAAGUGCCAAAAUGAGAUUUGCUACCCAAUGGUUUCUAAGGAACACGUGCAUUAAGUCCAGUGCAGAGUGAGGUUGAUCAUGUUAGAAUAUGUAAGACUGAAUUUUAAAUUCAUUUUGCCAACUAAGAAUCGUAUGUGCAUUAUAAUGGAAAGGUACGCAAGGCAGUCUUUAACCGUGGUGUAGGGCUACAUACAGAGCAAUGGGAUCAAGUGAAAGGUGAACCACAAAGGUAGCUAGCAUUAGAGAUGUAAGUGUUUAGGUCAUUAGAUACUUUCUGCAGGUCCAUGUGAGGUGUGUUUUACUAAUCUAAGGCUCAGCCAUUGUGGUGUGGUUAGUUGUCAAAGCUUGGCUCCCAACAAUACUCUAGUUAAACCAGGACAGCAGAGAACUCUCACGCAAAACCAGAUGGGAGCUUAAAAAAGUGAUGUUAAGCCAUGGUGAGUACCGGAAAAGAGAGCUGCACACAAAUUCCACUCCCAAAUGACUGAGUUGGAAAAAAUGUCUUAAGACUGCAAAUACAAAACAGCCUGAGCAGACAGGGGAGCUGGAAGAAAGCGCUCUCGUCAGCAUGAUACACCGUAGAGUUCGAACUUGCAUUGACAAUGAAAGAUGAUAUGUUGGUGAUCCCUCAUGUAUUUGUGUUUUUUUUUUCUUGUUUCAUGUUGUUUAAUUCAAUAUAACAUUUUUGAAUAUAUUGACAUUUUUGCACACCUGAUAAAUAAACAUUUUCAUGUC